CUCUUCAUAACCAUCGUUCGCAAACUACGGUUCAAUAUAAAAAAGGGCAGAAGAGCAGGAUAGGCUACUUUAGAUUCAUUCAGAAGAGGAAAUAAUAGAAUAGGGCAUAGGCACCAUUACAAUGUCAAUGAAUCAGAAGCAGCAGCAAGCAAAGGGCAACAAGACAGCUGCUGUGCAUACAGGAGGCAUACGCACUGAGGCUAAAAAGACAAGGACCGUUUACAAAAAUGUACUCGAUACGCCAUUUAGCAUCCCAUGGCCAGAAGUAACAACGGAAAACAACGCGAUUGUUUUGGAUGUUCUUUGUGAUCUGAUGAAGACUAUCCGCGAAUACCAUGAUAUUCAACGCAGAAAGAGUUCAUCAUCAUCAGUAAACAAAGAGAGUAAAAAGAAAAAAAAAAGCAAAUUGUCAACCAAAAUACCUUCAGAUGACAAUGACACUGGUAUAUCAUUAAAACCAAAUCCAGCUUUGGCAACCACAGAUCAUGAUCCAUGUACAGGUACCUCCCUUCCUACUACUUCCGCCAGCACAUCAGCGGAGCCAUCACUAGCACAACUAGCGCCACCUGCUAUCUUGGAAUGGACUAUCAUUGGCAUCAACGCAGUGACAAGGACACUAGAACGAUCUAUUCAGGACUCGAAAGGUUAUCUACCACCGAGUGCAGUCUUUAUUUGCAAAGGCGAUCUUGUUCCUGCUCACCUUUACACCCAUUUAGGGCCAUUAGUUGCCAUGCUUCCAGGCGUGAGGGUAUUCCCAUUCCUGAAGGGCUCGGAGAAGAGGUUGAGUGAAGCAUUAGGUAUGGCAGCAGUUGGUGCAUUGGCCAUCCGAGCACCAGCAGGAUCUAAAGAUGUGGAGGAUUUGCUGAUGAUUCUAGAAAGAAUGGUAGACCCUAUAUCAGUGCCAUGGUUACCCAAGAUCCCAAUCCGAUCAACUGCUACCUCAGCACUUAAAAAGGCUGUUCCCUCCUCAUCCUCAGCAAUUACAUCAGCAACGACAUUAGCAACAGCAUCAGCAUCAGCAUCAGCAUCAACAGUCAGUACAAAAGUACGAGCGGAGGAUAGUACGACGAAAAACGAGUUGGUAUUUAUUUCAACAAACAUCAAGUCCUUGAAGACAACCAUGCCUAUUGUAGUCAAAACACCAAAGCCUGCUGCCUCCAAUAACGGCAAUGAGAGUGGCAAGGACAAAAAUCAAAAAGGACAGAGACAGAAGCAGAAUCAGCAAGAGCCCUCAUCAUCGCAGCAGAAGAACCAACCACCAAGAAACAUGAAGCAUCCGAGGGAUAGUAUAGAACAUAGUCGUGGGAAGGGGGUGCAGGAGGCGGGAUCAAGUCUGGUUGCGUUUGAGGUCCGAUGCCAUAAGCAUCUAGAUGAGGCUUGGUCUACCCAUCUAUGCCCCUAGACGUGUACCCUGGACUGGGGUGAUUGACAUCCUCUCAUUUUUUUGUUCUUGCGAAUUGUACUACCACAAGAACAUCAAAAACAUAUUCACCCCUAUUCCUACAUUUCUUACUACUACUUCUCGAAUGUCGACUCGUAUGAAUCAAAUGCCAUUGAAUGAAGAACCAAAUGACAUUGUUGAAUCACAGCAGUCUCAUUCCUUGCCAAGAGACAAUGCUGGUGCUGGUAAUGGAGGAGAGAAAUUUUCUCUUUUGAAUCAGUUCCGGUUGUUUGGACAGCUUAACUUUAUGUCUAAUUCGUCAACUAAAUGUACGUUUAAUGUACGUUUUAUUUCCAAUCAAAUUUGCUAGUCCUCAGAGGAUUCUUUGAAUUGUCUGGUGGCGCGAUAUGCUUCAAACUUGCAUCAAAUGAAUCAACUGCG